AUGGGUUCCCUGGAAGGUAAAAUAAUUGCGAUAACUGGCGCAGCCGACGGCAUCGGCCUUGCCAGUGCACGUAUGCUUGCCAAACGCGGUGCUACACUUGCUCUCGGCGAUAUCAGCCAGGCUAAGCUGGAGGCAGCAUUGGCCUCUCUGGGUCCGGGAAAGCACAUUGCAACCGUUGUUGAUGUCACCAACUCGAAGCAGGUCGAAGAGUGGAUACAGGAAGCGGCGACAAAAUUGGGUAAGCUGGACGGCGCGGCCAACAUAGCUGGAGUCUGCCGCCAUCCUGCUCCCAUUACUGAAGAAAGCGACGAAAAUUGGGACACAACAAUGGGCAUCAAUGCGAAAGGCAUCUUCAAUUGCAUGAGGGCCCAAUUGAAGCAUAUGAAUGACGGCGGCUCUAUUGUGAACUUUGCAAGCGUCGGCGGUCUUAUUGGCACCCCGAAUUUCAGCGUCUACAACGCAAGUAAAUGGGCUGUGGUUGGUUUGACGAAGUCCGUGGCUCGAGAAGCCGGAGAGCGAAGCAUCAGGGUGAAUGCGAUAUGCCCGGGCACUAUCAUGACGACCAUGACAACCAAGAUUGCAGACAAGGAUCCAAACUUUAAGCCGUGGGAAAAGCAGGCUUUGAAACGCGGAGCUGAUCCUGAUGAGGUGGCUCGCGUAGUUGCCUUCUUGUUGGGCGAAGAGGCAAGUUUCAUUACAGGCUGCGCCUAUCCAGUUGACGGAGGGUGGACUGCUUAG